CAGAAACCACUGCGCCUACAUCGUCCAGAAGAACAUCACAUGCACCAUGCAGGAUGGGAUGGCCACUUACGUGAAGGCAGAGUACACCACCAAGUGUAUCUGGGGUCAGAAGUGCCCAGUGCUUAUGUACCGCACAUUCUUCAAGCCCAAGUACAAGGUGGGUUACAAGACUGUGACCGAGCUCGAGUGGCGCUGUUGCCCUGGUUACACGGGGGAGAACUGCUUCGAUGGCCCCGCCUCGCUGCCCGAUGGCAUGAUGCCCCCCUUUAAGGGCAUCUUGCCCCGGCCGGCAGUGAAGGGCUACCCCCGGGGGCAGCCCAAGGGGCCUGAGCCAAAGCCUGUCCCAGGAGGGAGCCUGGAGCCUGGGAAGCCCUACCCUGUGCCCGACGGGCAGCCCGAUGGGCGCACACAGGUCCCCACGGGCCAGCUGCCAUCUGGAGGCCCCAACUAUGGUCCUAAGGUGGGUGUCUCGGGCGAGCGUCUGGACCGCAUGGAGGACGACCUGCGGCGUCUGUCCCAGGGUCUGGACACGCUGAAUGGCAUGGUGGCGGGCCUGGAGAAUCGUCUCCGCGUCUCACUCCGGGACGACACCAACAAGCUCCUGACCACCCUGUUGAGCGGCUCCCCGCCGCGCCUGACCCCCGACUCCUCCGUGGGCUUCGGGGUCAUCCCUGACGGCAACCUGGACGGCCUGAGCGGCGGCAGCAGCACCGACGGCGGCGGUUUCCUGGGCUACGGCGAGCUGGUCGGCCGCGUGACGGAGGUGAAGGACGAGCUGCGGGUCAAGAGCGACAUGCUGGAUGAGAUCCACGGGAUGGUGAUGGGCCACGACGGCCAGCUCAAGAGGCUCCUGGAGGCGGCCACAGGCCGGCCCAUACCGGGUGGGGUGGUCAACCAGAGGCUGCUCGAGGACAUGGUGGACUCCAGGCUGGCGGGAGUGCGGGCCGAGAUUCUGGACGGCUUUGAGAAAAGGCUGCUGGAGAUGGAGGGACACUGUGAUUACCGCAUCGGGCAGGUGCAGAAGCAGUGCCAGAACGAGCACCUGGACGGCCAGGAGCAGAUGCAGCAGUCGCUGGACGGCCGUGAGACCGGCCUCCGCAAAGAGCUGGGCCACUUGCAGGAGCAGAUCCAGGGCCUGACACUGACGGAGAGCUGCUGUGGUCAGGUGAGCGGCCUGUCCCAGCGUGUGCUGCUCCUGGAGGAGGCCGUCAAGGGCCUGACCGAGUCCCAGCGCCAGCUCCAGGUGGCGCUGUCCGACCAGACCAUCCACAUCGAGGCUAUCCUGGAGACGCGGCUGGAGGACAUCGAGGGCCGGAUCAACACCACCGAGAGGGGCCUGCCGCCGCCAGACGCGGGGAGCCCAGAUGGUCAGCCUCUGGCGCCGCCCGGUGGAGUGCCCACGUCCCUGGACGGGUUCAACACGCUGCUGGACGAGAAGCUGAAGGCCCUGGAGGAGCGUCUGUUCGUGGCCGUGGAGGAGCUGAGCAACGCCACAGCACCGGCGCUGCUGGAGGGCCACGUGGUGCCGGCGCUGGAGACGGAGAUCGAGUCGGUGCGCAGGCGCGUAGAGGCUGACCUGGACGGCGUGCAGAAGCAGCUGACCGACCUGGAGCUCCUCUGCACGUCCUCCUGCACACCCGGCUCCUCCACGGGCGGCGAGGGAGAGGACGGCAGCCGCCCGACUGGGACAGGGACUGGAACGAGCACAGGGACAGGGGCGACGGACGAGGACUGCGAGGAGGUGGACAAGAGGGUGUCCGGCCGCCUGGACACGCACGCCGAGCAGCUGGAGCGCCUGAACGGCACGCUGCAGGGCCUGCUGACGCGCAUCGUGGAGGCGGAGGAGUCCGCCGGCGUGGAGGGCGAGAUCACGCUCCUCAAGAUCAACGUGAACUCGGUCAACCGCACGCUAAAGGGCCUGCGCGACUCGGUGAGCCUGAUCUCGCGCGAGGUGGGCCGGGCCAACUCCACCUGGACGCAGCGUGAGGAGCGGCUGGCCAACCAGGUGCAGGGCAUCACGCAGCUGGUGGGCCGGCAGGCGUCCAUGCUGGGCGCGGGCGAGCGCCGCCUCAUCCAGCUGAAGGGCGAGCUGCAGGGCCUGCGCCGCCGGCUGGCUGGGGAGCUCCAGGGAUGCCGCAGCACGGCGCUUGGCGUCCAGAAAGAGGUGCUGGCCGUCGACAGCCGCGUCGCCCAGGUCGAGGGACAGUGCAGCGGCCUGUCCGAGAUGGCCGAUGAGCUGGAGCGCAUCCGCGGCGAGCUCGAGGGCCACUCCGACCACUUCCUGGCGCGCAUCAACGGCACGCUGUCCACCCACUCGCAGCAGCUGGCCGAGCUCAAGGACGGGCUGGAGGAGUGCAGGGACAAAAAUGGCCACAGGGGGCAGUAGGGAGACCAGUAGCAUUUCAGCUACAGAGACAAAUGAGGUGGGGCUACAGCUGUAAAGAUAUGGCAAUAUUGUUUUUAUCAUUGUUAUUAUAAUAAUUAUUAUUAUUUUUACAGGGCAUUUUCUGUUUCACCCUAUACUUUUUUUUUUUUUUUUUCUUUGUUUGUUUUCCUCCACAUUUUAUAUUGAUUUUAACGUUUUAACUUAUAUGAAGACAAAGUGACUGCAUUGUUAUUAGAGAUGUAUUUGUACAAAAAUAUGAGAAUAACAAACGUGAUGCCAGACUAAUACGCUGCUAUGGGUCUCUACUCUGCCAUUAUCAGUCCACUCUCUCCAGGCCCAUCUGUCCUCUCUUCUCAAAAUACUGUAUGUCCUCAUGAAUGGUGCUAAUUUUUGGUAAACAAUUAUUUUGUGUACAAAAAUGAAAUGUAAUGUAAUGUUUCUUUAUACUGUUGGAGAAUAUAAUAAUUUUCUGUGACUAAAAGGACAAAGCUGGAAGAAGAGUGAGCUUUAGAUUGUAAUAUGGACCAGCCUGCCAGAUAGUUCUCUCCACCAGGUGUCAGAGAUAAGUCAUCUGAGGAAUAAAAUAAACAGAUAACAUUUUGGAGAA